AUGAUGAUCCCAAGACCUGGCGCAAAUGUUAAUGCUGCACCUCUGUUUGCUACCCAUCUUAAUGCACCAUCUUCCAGUGUGCUAAUGGUGUGGUCACGAAAUCACCAGCAGCUUUUCAUUAUUAUCGGCAAAUGUAAUGGUGAUUUAUUAUUCUUUACGCCUACUAGGCAAUAUACGAAAUUGGAAAAUAUCUUUAAAAGUCCUUUGACAACAAUUUGCUUUGGGAAACUAAGACAAAACAGUGAUGAGAUAGUUGCCAUUUCGGCAGGUGGUCAGAUACGUUCUUUCGAUUUCCCACAGACGGAUGCUCAGAGUGGAGAAUUGCAUAAGCCUUUGCCACUUUUUGAGCAGCUCGUUCAGGCCAAUAUAUGCACGUCAUAUAUUGGUGAUAUUGAUUGUGAUGGUUUAUCGGAGUUACUGGUUUUGAUGACCGAUCGAUGCGUAAGGACUUAUCGAUAUGUUUCGAAUCAUCUGGCACCACUGAAUAAAUAUGAAGUACCAUCACAUGUUUAUGGCUUCGCAUUAGGUACCACAACUUCUGGCUUGCAUUAUGCACUGCUGGCAGAACGAAAUGAAAAUUAUGUGGUGAAGAUCGAUUUUAGUUCAAACAGUUGUAAUAUUUUGCCACAAACAUUGGCUUCGAAUUCUUCGAAUCGAGAGCUUAUGGUCCCCAGUCAACCGAUAUAUUUGAGCUUGGUUGGAUCACUUGCCGCUCGUCUGAUUCUGAUCGAUUCAGAAAGUGGUGCUGAGACAACACUGGAGAAUCCGGUAGGCGAUUUCAUUUGUGCAACUACUGUUAAGUUACAAAAUAUGUAUGUCGUGAUGACACUGGAUAUUUUCGGUAAUUUGCUUAUUUAUGGAUGGAAUGAUAACACCACUUGCCAAGUGCAUCUUAUAACAAAAACGGUGGUUCUGCCGGAUGCGGAUCAUAUCACAGCUGUAUCAGGCCGGAAUGAAAAUGAAGUUUUAGUUUGCAUAUGUACUGUCUACUUCAAAGUCGCUGUUUAUCGAAUUGAUCUCUCAUCUAUACUUAGUUGA